GAAACUCCCAUGCAAAAAAAGGAAAAAAAAAAAUGUAGUCUUUAUUAUCUCUUUGAAUACAAAAUCCAAAAUUUUUUUCUUCAUUAAUCAUUCACUAAAUAAAAAAGGAAAGAAGAAUUAAAUCCAAAACUGAAACCCCAUUUCUCAAAAGUUUCCAUUGAAAAAUUGAUUUGAUUUUUGAGUGAAAUCGUUUUUGCGAUAUUGGUAUAUAGUGGAAGAUCAAUGGCGGUUCCAUCGGCGGUGACGUUACCGGCGUCGACGGUUUCAUUAUAUGUCGGAGAUUUGCAUCCCGAUAUCACCGAUGGCACUCUCUUCGACGCUUUUAAUGAGUUUAAGGGAAUAUCGUCUGUUCGUGUUUGUAGAGAUUCGUCGACGGGAAGGUCUCUUUGUUAUGGCUACGUUAAUUUCAGUUCUCUUCAGGAUGCACAUUUUGCAAUGGAGAAAAUGAAUCACAGCAUGCUUAAUGGGAAAAUGAUAAGGGUGACAUGGUCACUUAGAGAUCCUGAUGCAAGAAAAAGUGGAGUUGGAAAUGUGUUUGUUAAGAAUCUAAGUGAAUCAAUCGAUAGUGUGGGGUUACAAGAGUUAUUUCAAAAGUUUGGGAAUGUAAUAUCUUGCAAAGUUGCCACAUUUGAAGAUGGUAAAAGCAUGGGAUAUGGAUUUGUUCAAUUUGAAUCAGAGGAAUCUGCAAAUGCUGCAAUUGAAAAGCUUGAUAAUACCAUGAUUGGUGAUAAGGAAAUAUAUGUCGGGAAAUUUAUGAAAAAGUGUGAUAGGGUUCUACCAAGUCCUGAUGUUAAAUAUACAAAUUUGUAUGUGAAGAACUUGGAUCCAGAUAUCAAUGAAGAGGUUUUACAAGAGAAAUUUUCCGAGUUUGGGAAAAUUGCUUGCUUGGUUGUAGCAAGGGAUGAAAAUGGAACCUCGAGAGGUUUUGGUUUUCUGAAUUUCGAAUGUCCUGAUGACGCUAAGAAGGCAAUGGAAUCGAUGAACGGAUCACAACUCGGUUCAAAAGUUCUAUAUGUAGCAAGGGCACAAAAGAAAGUGGAACGGGAGCAAAUAUUGCGGAAUCAGUUUGAGGAACGACGAAAGGAGCAGAUUAUGAAAUAUAAAGCUUCGAAUGUUUAUGUGAAGAACAUUGAUGAUGAUGUCACCGAUGAUGAGCUGAGAGACCUUUUCAGUCUAUGUGGUACGAUUACGUCUGCAAAACUUAUGCGAGAUGACAAAGGAAUAAACAAAGGUUUCGGAUUUGUCUGUUUCUCUGCUCCGGAGGAGGCCGCUAAAGCUGUCGGCACGUUCCAUGGAUAUAUGUUUCACCGCAAGCCAUUGUACGUCGCGAUAGCUCAAAGGAAAGAGGAUAGACAAGCACAAUUGCAACUUCAGUAUGCUCAACGUAUGCCUGGAUUAGCAGGGCCUUCAACGGUUGUUCUCCCGGGAGGAUACCCUCCGUUUUACUACGCAUCUCCAACUGGCUUUGUUUCACAAGUACCCCUAAGGCCCGGGAUGAUGCACCAACCUUUAGGUUUAAGGCCAGGAUGGAGAGCUAAUGGCUUUGCACCACCAACCAGACCAGUCUUUCAAUACUCAUCACUUCCCCUGUUCCCUACUGCUCCAAGACAAACCAGGCCAAACCGUGGUCAGAUGAACGGCAACACUUUUGGAGGUUCUCAUUCCGUUACAUAUGUGCCGCAAUUGCAACAACAGAAUCAAACAGUGACUUCCUCAAAAGAUCAAAGUAACCAACAGCAGACUGGACAAGCUAAAUCUGUACCGAAUGGUCAAGCUCGAGAAAUGAACAAAGGGUCCGGUGGUGGUGCUGCAGCAGCAGCUUUGACACAAGAGACUGAGAUACUGAGUAGUAUGCUUGCUGCUGCUUCACCUGAACAGCAAAAAACAAUACUUGGUGAAAGACUUUAUCCACUUGUUCAAAAGCACCAGCCUGAUUUGGUUCCAAAGAUCACAGGGAUGCUAUUAGAAAUGGACAAUUCAGAACUGUUGCUUUUAUUAGAAUCACCAGAAUCAUUAGCAGCUAAAGUGGAAGAAGCUGUUGGGGUUCUUAAGCUUUCAAAUGCUAAAGUGACAGGCCAAGAUGCCCUUCAUCCCAAUUUCCUUUCAGCUGGUGUUGCUGUCAAUUGAAUCACAACAAAUAUAUGCCUGUCACAAGCAUUUCAAUGAUAGACUCCAUGGAUGUUCAGCUCUUGUUUUUUUUUUUUUUCGUUUUUAAUAUCCAAGUGUAGUUGACUUUCAAAAGUAUGUCAACAGUACUCUUUUUUUUUUUUUAGUUUUUUCUUCUUAGGAUUAUUUAUAUUAUUUGUUAAAAGUAUAUUUUUUUUAUUGGUAUAUAUAAUUUUUGGACUUUGAAAAAAAAUAUGGAUGGUGCAAGACAACUCCAACUGGGGCUUGCUACAGCAGGGGCAUUAUAUGCGAUCAUAAUGGAGAUUGGAAACCUGGUUUUACCCACAAUUUCGGUAUUUGCACUAUUGUUGAGACCAAAUUAUGGGAAAUUUAUGAUGGGUUGAUGCAAGUUUAGAAUACGGGUACGCGGAGGAUCACUUUGGGAUCAGACAACCUAGUGGCUGCCCAGCUAAUUAAUGAACAGAUCAGGAGUGAUGGUAGCAAUGCGAUAUUGCAGGAUAUUUGGAAGCUGCUGCACCGGGACUGGUUGUUAAGGGUAUAUCUCAUGUUCACUGUGAAGGCAACAGGGCAGUAGGCAGAAUGGCUUCGUUGGCUUUUCUACAAGGGAUUGGCAUCUAUGUCCAUAAUCAACCACCGAGUGAGGUGGAAGACUUAGAAGACCGUACAUUGAUUAGGAUGGUGUAAACUCGAGUUUUAGUAUUCAAAAUUCUAGUUGGACUCAUUUUCAAGUUUAUUUUUUAACUUAAAUUUAUUAUUUUUUU